GGGCCAGUGAUUUAGUUCGUUUUGUGGUGGCUCAACAUCCACCCAGCGGUCGCUUGGUAUCGUCUAAACAGGCUGGCAGCCAGCUCCAGUCAGCGAAGACGUUUGAAGUGCACGCUUUAGUGCCUCAGUGUGUUAGAUUAGUGCAUGCGACGGUGCAACACGAUCGAUGUGUCGUUUUGUUUCAUUAUUUAUCAAAUAACUUCCGAAGCCGUUUAACUGCAUCAUACAGCAUCAAACAGCGGAUCCGCGUGUUUGUGCUUGUGCGAUUUUUUGUUCAUUUUAUCGUUCGCUUUUGCUGUGCGUGAGUGUGUGUGUGUAGUUUGGUGUGACGUUACGCCACAGCGUGAUCCUGUCCCGACAUCUUUAGCUUCAAAAUGGAUAAAAUAGCAAUGCUAAUUUUUCUAUUUUCGGUCGCUGUCACAAUGGCCCUGGUGAUGGGCAACAAGGACGACGACCCGCUGCGCAAUCUCUUCGGCGGUCCGAACGUGUGGGCCCCGCUGAUGAAGUGGAACCGGGCGCCGCCGAACGACGGAGGCCCGGAGUAUGGCGAGUACGGCGACCAGCAGGACGUGGAUGCGGAAGCCGGACAACCGAUCGUGGUCAAACGGUCCCACUCUCGCCAGCCCGUCUGCGAGGUGCUGCUGAACAUCGUGUACGUCGGCAACGGUACCGAUGGGUACGAGUAUCGCCCUAAUCACUAUGUCACCGAGUCAUGCCUUAGCUCGUACAACACCUACCAGAAUAAGUGCACCGAGACCGGCCUUUCCUGCACCCAGAUACGUCAAAAGAUCUACAUCACACGCCGCAAGGUGACAGGGCCGGACACCAAAGCCGUCAAUUGCUGGGAGCAUGUCGCUCUCAAGGAGAUCGAUGCUGGGUGUGAGUGUAUGUGGCCAAAGGAGCAGAUCGGUGACAAGCAUUCCUACCGCCUGGGCAAAUAACAGCACGGCACCGGACUGUUCUGGCGAGCGACGAGAACAAUUCUGCAACGGCCCCGCACUGGUGGAUCCGGUCCCCGGCCGCCGGCCUGACCCCCGACCGCCCGACCGACCGACCAACGACUCCCGGAGGAGCAGCAGAGCAACCCGAACUCCUCCCCUCCCCCGCCCGCCCGAUCGAGCACUGAUUAAUGUGUAAAAUGAGCCCUUUUACGUGUUUAUCGCCCGUGCGACGACUAUUUGUACUGUACAUACCCACAAUAUCCGUAUCACAAGGCGCUACGUCCUCUGCUGCCUCGCACAGGACUAUAUUGUCACCCCGUUGUCCCCCCGCCCAAUAUUGCAAGCCCAAUCGGAUCGAGGUGAGAUGUGCACGUGAGAUACAUGUUUCGAUGUUUCACCACGCACGCAUGUUUUCGGUACCAUUUGCUUCGAACGCAACCUUAUGCUAAUGCGGCUACAGCUAUAGUACACGCGAUUGAGUUCUGCUUACUUCGGCUAGAGCCGCCGUAACUGCUGUGUGACGUAUUAUCAACAACACUGUAUUAUCGUACCUAUUUAUUGUAAGAAGCAGCAGCACAACACAAGAAUCUAAAUAAACACAUCAGUAUGGCAA